GAGACCAGUCAGUCCCCGGAUCAGAAAGCUUGGACUUCGGGAGGGGAGAGAGAUGGCGCGGGACUGCGGGUACUGGCCAAGGACAGGGGGCGACGCCGAUGACGGGCUGACGCCAGAGGGGACCGGGACAGAGACAGCAGGGGGCCUUGGGAACAGCACAGAGACUGCACGAGACGGCGGAGACCGGCGGAGCUCGGCGGGGCGCACUGGGGAUGAACCAGGGACGCCAGGAGAUGGGCAGAGGACCGCAGUAGACACUGGGGACGGGCCGAUGACAGAGGGGGACGCCGUAAGCGGGCUGGGAAGCCCUCGCACCUAUGCGCGGCGCUGGCUCUUCCUGCUGGCCGUCAGCCUGCUGAGCUGCUCCAAUGCCACGCUAUGGCUCAGCUUUGCACCUGUGGCAGAUAUCGUUGCCCAGCACUUCCUCCUGUCCACGGAGCAGGUCAACUGGCUGUCACUCAUCUACUUCGUGGUGGCAAUCCCUGGUGGCAUAGUGGCUAUCUGGGUCCUGGAUUCUGUGGGGCUCCAGGCAGCAACCAUCCUGGGGGCGUGGCUGAACUUCUUAGGGAGUACACUUCGUGCUCUGCCCUGCCUGGCUGUCAGGAUCCCCAGACCGUUUGCCUUCUUCAUGGCUGGCCAGAGCCUCUGUGCCCUGGCCCAGACCCUGGUCAUCUUCUCUCCGGCCAAACUGGCUGCCUUGUGGUUCCCAGAGCACCAGAGAGCCACGGCCAACAUGAUGGCCACCAUGUCAAACCCCCUGGGCAUCCUUGUGGCCAACCUGCUGUCACCUGCCCUGGUGAAGAAAGGAGAGAACAUUCCCUUGAUGCUUGGCAUCUACAUCAUACCUGCCAGCCUUGCCUGCCUGCUAGCCACCACCUGCAUCUGGGAGAGUGUGCCCCCCACUCCGCCAUCUGCUGGGGCAGCCGGCUCCACUUCAGAGAAGUUCCUCCCUGGGAUCUGGCUGCUCCUGCGGAACAAGGCCUAUGUUAUCCUGGCUAUGUGCUUUGGGGGUGGCAUCGGGGUCUUCUCCAGCUUCUCAGCCCUCCUGGAGCAGAUCCUCUGUGCCAGCGGCUACUCGAGCGAGUUUUCAGGCCUCUGUGGGGCUCUCUUCAUUGUGUUCGGUAUCCUGGGAGCGCUGAUUCUUGGCCUGUAUGUGGAUCGGACCAAGCAUUUCACUGAGGCCACCAAGACAGGGCUCUGCUUGGCCUCCUUGGCCUGCCUGGCCUUUUCCUUGGUCGCCCAGCUGCAGGGACAGGCUAUUGUGCUGGCUGCCAUCUGCUCCCUACUAGGGCUCUUUGGCUUCUCAGUGGCACCCGUGGCCAUGGAGCUGGCUAUUGAGUGCUCCUUCCCCGUUGGUGAGGGAGCAGCUACAGGCUUGGUCUUUGUGCUGGGGCAGGCUGAGGGUGUGCUUAUCAUGGUCCUGCUGACAGCUCUGACUGUGCAGCGCACAGAUCCAUCAUUCUCCACCUGCCAGAAUGGUGAGGACUCACUAGAUUGGACAGUGUCUCUGCUGCUGCUGGCUGGCCUGUGCACACUCUUCACCUGUGUCUUGGUGCUCUUCUUCCACACCCCGUACCGGCGUCUACAGGCUGAGUCUGGAGGGCUCUUUCCACGCAGGAUGCCAAGCCCCACCUCAAAGCCACCCUGUGAGGCUUCCCAGGAAGCUCCUUCCUGGCCUCUCCACUGGAAGAUCCCAGGGACUGUGACCAGGGACUUGCAUGAAGGGAGGAGAGUGAGGCAGCCCUGGCUACCUUGGUGUGCAGCUUGAGACCUGAUGGGAGGGACUGGCUCAGAUCCUGGACGCCCCAGGUGGGCUGUGGGUGCAGCCCACAGAUCCUGCUGCAUGGGUCCUGAUCAGGCCUGAUACAGGAGGGCAGUAUGGCACCGCCUGCAGAGGGCCAGGAUCUUGGCAGGCAGAAGAGGUGGGCAAGUGAUGUGGACAGGUGAGGGGGCCACCCAGUAGGAGCCCAGCCGCUCCCCCUCCCCCACUCCUCGUGGGUGCCCAGGCCUCUGUGGCUAAAUGGACAUAUACAGGCACAUAAUGGAUCCACAUUUAUUGAGCCAGCAUGACUGGUGGGCUUGCUCCUCCCCGAGGUGGGCACGAAGCUCAGGCCUUGUAGUCCUGGACUAUUCCUCAUCUGGAGGUGAACUGCAGCAACUGGUCCACCUGGAGCAAGCGGGUGAUGUGUUGAUCAGGCUUCUCAGUUCAAAUACAGACACCUGCCAUGGCUCCUCAGUUUGGUGUUUGGGGUGGGGCUUG